UGGCUGCGGUAGUCGGCGGGUGACGGGAGACGGGGCUGGCGGUCCGGGAGCUCGGUACACGCUCCGCCGGGUGCUGUCGCGGAGCCUGGGGAUGUGAGGAGGAAGACAGACGCGGCAGAGGUGGUGGCCAAGCUCCAACUUCAAAAACGACACUGUGGUACCUUGUGUUAUACAACCCACUUAACAUAAGUGCUUCAAGAAAUAGUUGUGCCUUCCCUGCUGGGGACAUCCCAGGGUAUAUGUUAUUGAUGUCGGCGGAAAGGAAAUAUGCAGAAGAUGGCCAAGGAAAGGAACCUCAAAAAGUCCUUUCAAGAAAGUCUUGAAGAAAUAAAGAAACGAAUGAAAGAGAAAAGGAAUAAAAACUUGGCAGAGAUUGGCAAACGAAAGUCUUUUGUAGUUGCACCAUGCCAAAUAAUCACCAACACUUCUACACUGCUAAAAAACUACCAAGACAACAACAAAAUGUUAGUUUUAGCUUUGGAAAAUGAAAAAUCCAAAGUGAGAGAAGCCCAAGACAUCAUCCUCCAGCUGAGAAAAGAAUGUUACUUCCUCACAUACCAGUUAUAUGCAUUGAAAGAAAAACUUACUUCACAACAAACAGAAGAACCUGCUCAGAACCAUGAAGUAAGUUCUUCUGGAAUGAACUCCGGUGAUGACAAGAACUCUGAGGAUUUAUUUGUGAAGGAUUUACCGCAAGCUCCUCUUCAGGAAGAUCACCUUCCAGAACAAGGAGAAUCGUUCCAAAUAGAAGAGGCCCGAUGCACGAAAUUCGUGCAAGGGGCUUGGCCUUCGCAGCCCUUGCUUCAUUUGGAAGGACGUCCAGAAGGUCGUCCAGAAGAGCAAAUGCCUACUAUUCCUCCAGACAGUCUGGGAUUUGAUUUGGAUUCAGCUGAAGAUACAUCUACUGAUAAUAUCUUACCUAGAACUGUAUCUCUCCGCCGCAACUUAAAGAAACAUUUUAACAAUUUAGGCCAAUUCAACACCUUCGAUAAUUUUGAAAUCAGUCAUAUGUCAGAGCAGUCUUCUGGGUUGGAAACAAUUAGAUUUGUAGACCCACUAGUAGACAUGCACAGAACUGAAAAUGUAGAACAAAAUAUUUAUCAGUGGAACAAGGAUCAAAUUAACAUAUCACCAAAGCUGACUCACCCUGGAGGAUCUGCUAAAAGAAAAGAAAAUAUUUUAGAGUAUAAAUCUGAGCAAACUAAAAAUAAACAAAGAAGAAAAAGAGGAGAGAAAAGAAAAGCUAACAGAAGGAGAAAAUCAAAAUAUGUAUGUAAGUAUAAAGGAAUCACAAGUAAAAAUAGAAAACCUGUUUCCAAAAAAAAGGUGGAUGAUUUUAUCACUUCCAAUGAUGCUUACAAUUUUAAUUUGGAAGAAGGUGUUCAUCCUUCUCCUUUCCGACAAAAAAUGAGCAAUGAUUCUAAAAAAGAAGAAGAUGCCAAUGUAUCCGAAGUGAGCAGCUAUGAAUCAAGUAGUUCAGAAGAGGAUUCUGAUGACCUCUAUUUGCCCACUUGCAAGGACAGUCCAAGUCUCACCAGCCAAUCAGAUAGGAGCCCAGCCACCAGGCCUCGAUCUACAAGAGCACUACGAUGUAGGGAUGAAAAAGAGAUGGAGAGUUCUCAGCCAACAAAAACUCCUACCAGUGCAGUACCUGAAACUCACCAGUCACCUCGUUUUAGCCUGAAGGAUAUCACCAAUGUCCCCUUGUAUACUGAAGUGAAAAUUAGAAAACUUUCUCUUUCUCCACAACAGAAGAAAGAAGGCCCAGGAGGGUCUCUGCCUAAGCGUAGGUGCACAGUCAGUGUGAACUAUAAGGAACCCACACUCGCUUCGAAACUAAGAAGAGGAGACCCUUUUACAGAUUUGUGUUUCUUGAAUUCACCUGUUUUUAAGCAAAAAAAGGAUUCCAGACGCAGUUCUAAAAAGAAAAAAAAAGUAUGAAGCAAAUACAGUAAAGCAUUUGUUGGACAUGGUUUAAAUACAUCCCAAAGAGAAUAGAAAAAGUAAAUAAGUAAAUUCAUCCCGCAGCCCUUUCUAUUGCUCCAAGAGAGAAUCUAUAAGAUAGCACACAAGUGGGGUGGACUGUGCCAUAGAAUAUUCUCUUGAUGGGACUUUAGAUCACAGAUGUUUUUUAAAAACUAUACUUCAAAUGUGAUCUUUUUGCUUAAGCCUUUAAUAGAUUUGGUUUAUUUUUUAUUUUAAAUAUAAACAACUGGACUGAAGCACUAUUAUAGUUAGAUUUCUUACACUGCCUAACACCCAUAAUUUUAGUCAAAAUGUAUCUUAUGCCAACAUUUUGGGAAUUAAUGAUUAUUCAAAUAACAUAUUGUAAUUAGAAGCUUCUGGCCCUUUUACUUUUCCCUUUAGUGGGGAUUACGAGAAUGACUUUUGAAAACAGGCUGAGGAUCUUUUGAAACUCCUUAUAUAAUAUUUGAAUAAAGUAAAUUCUUGAUAUUCACAGUAGGGUAUACUCUAUUGUUUGUGUCUCCCUUAUACCAUUGUUGUAUUUAAUUUUUCAGAUAAAAUGUGCAUGAGUUCAUGACAUUAAUUUAAAGGAGAAAGAAGUGCAUGGCUUUGGAGAAAAUUGAUAUUAGAGUGAGGGACUAGUUAAGUAACUAAUUGAACCCCAAGCUAAGCUCUGGAAAUAUAUUGUUCAAAGUGAUACCUCAACAAAAUCACAAAUUAUUAUGUCAUGGACUUUCAGGAUAGUUACUUAUUUAGUCAACUCAAAUGUUAAAUGACUGAAUGCCAAGGAUUUAUUUGUAUUUUUGAUUAACCAAUGAGAGGGAAUUAGUUCAGUUCUGAAAGUUUGAAGCCACUGCUUGUAUAUACCUCUUUAAACUUUAAAGUACUGUAGAUUAUCGAUUUUUAAAGAGCAAUAAAAUUUAUAUAAUA